UUCCCGGGGCAAAGGUGGCUCUGCAGCACAAUUUAGGCCUUGGAGGAGCUGCUGUUGUCACCCUCUACAGAAUGGGUUUUCCCGAAGCUGCCAGCUCCUUCAGAACGCACCAGAUUUCAGCUGCUCCCACCAGCUCUGCAGGGGAUGGAUUCAAGGCAAAUCUCAUUUUUAAGGAAAUCGAGAAGAAGCUUGAAGAGGAAGGGGAAGAGUUCGUGAAGAAAAUCGGUGGCAUUUUUGCCUUCAAAGUGAAGGAUGGCCCUGGGGGCAAAGAAGCUACGUGGGUGGUGGACGUGAAGAACGGCAAAGGAUCGGUGCUUCCGGAUUCAGAUAAGAAGGCUGACUGCACAAUCACCAUGGCUGACUCAGACUUGCUGGCUUGGAUGACUGGUAAAAUGAACCCUCAGUCGGCCUUCUUUCAAGGUAAACUGAAAAUUGCCGGUAACAUGGGCCUGGCCAUGAAACUGCAAAGCCUGCAGCUUCAGCCGGACAAAGCUAAGCUGUGAAGAGUCCCUUUGGCAACCUCAGGACAUCAAGAUGAGAUGUGUGGAUACGUAGAAAUCCAUGUCUCCCUGUCAGGACUUAGACUGACACUUCCCGAAUAGCAUGAGAUAGAUUUCUUGCUAGGUGGCUGUGGCCAAUUGUAUUUCCCCCAAGCCGGGGGUGCAAAGGGCCUCCCAGGCUACACUGCUGCUUUGAGGACUUGCAUUCUACUGUGCUUCAUGAAGCUACUAUGUUAAUGAUGGUUUGGGGUAAACUUGAGUUUCAGAAUAAAGUUCAGAAUAGUAAAAUCUAAA